AUGCUCCCACAAGACAAACUAGAGCAAGUCACCACGGUGCCAGUUCCAAUUACACAGAAUGUUAACACCAUCUCGAACACCAAGGACGCUGUUAAGACCCCAGAGUCGGAGACUGCUCACCACCUGACUGGUUCAAAGCUUUACCUUGUUCUGGGUGGCCUUGGUCUUGCCAUCUACUUGUUUGCUCUGGAUAUUGCAGUCAUAUCUACAGCUAUCCCGGCCAUCACAGUCCAGUUUAAGGCCACCACAGACAUCGGUUGGUAUGGGGCAGCAUACCCUCUGUGCCUCUGCUCGUUGCAGCCUCUGUCAGGAAAGCUGUAUGCCAACUUUUCCCUCAAAUGGACCUUCUUCGUCUUCGUCGGCAUCUUCCUUCUGGGCUCACUCCUCUGCGGUGCAGCUGCUAGCUCGAACAUGUUCAUCCUUGGCCGGGCUGUUGCUGGAACUGGAGGAGCAGGCAUAUUCUCUGGUUGCUUGUCUAUCCUUGCCAUUGUAACCCCUCUCUCCAAACGUGCGCUCUAUACCGCCGCCCUCUCUUCCCUGUUCGGAGUCGCCACAGUCACGGGGCCCAUUAUCGGAGGAGCUUUAACAACAAAGGUGUCGUGGAGAUGGUGCUUCUACAUCAAUCUACCUGUUGGGGCGGUGACACUGGUCGCGCUGGCUCUGUUUUUCAAGCCUCCAGUACGGACUUCCGAUAAAGCACCUUUGCGGGAGAGGAUACUACAAAUUGACAUCAUCGGAUGCGCGAUAUUCAUCCCAACCAUCGUCAUGGUUCUUCUGGCACUACAAUGGGGUGGCCACCAGUAUCCUUGGAAGUCAGCCACGGUGAUAGGACUUCUAUGCGGCUCUGCUGGAUCUGCCACUGUGUUCUUCAUCUGGGAGCAUCGAAAAGGCGACAACGCCAUGAUCCCGUUCUCGAUCGUCCUCCAACGUUCAAUUUUGCUCAGUUGCCUUUUCAGCACUUUCAUGUUUGGUGCGUACAUUAUCAACAUCUACUACAUGCCGGAAUGGUUCCAAGUGAUCAAGGGAGCUAGUCCACUUCACAGCGGCGUCAUGACGCUUCCAGUGGUCUGUUCUCAAAUCGUUGCUGCUACCAUUUCGGGAUUAAUCAUCAAUCGUACCGGCUACUAUAACCCUUGGUUUUUUGUCGGUGUCGGGUUCAUAGCCAUUGCGUCAGGCCUCUACACUACUCUCACCACUUCAACACCUCACGCUAAAUGGAUCACAUACCUCGUCUUCCAGGGCAUGAGUGGAACAGCCAUGCAGGGCCCACUUCUCGCCGUCCAAGCCGCCCUGGUGUCAAAGCCUCAACAGAUCCCCGUCGGCAUAUCGACAGUGGCAUUUUUCCAGUACUUCGGAGCUUCAGUGUUUCAAAGCAUUGCUCUGGCGAUAUUUCAGAACCAGCUUGUCAAGUCACUCAAGCAGCGUGCAGGUCUCAACGAUAGCCAAGUGCAGCAAUUAUUGAAUGCCGGGUCAGGUCACGCUCGUAAGACGACAUUAAGCUCGUUCCCGGAGAAGCUGGAGCCUGUCCUUUGGGCAUACAACAAAGCAAUCACGAAUGUCUUUUAUGCCUCACUGGCGUCCGCUAUCCUGGCGUUCUUGCUGGCGUUCGGUGUCGAAUGGCGAAAUAUCAAAGCGAAACCCGCACCUCCAAAGGGCGACGAAGCCGGAACUGAAAAGAUGAGCGAUGACAACAAGCAGCUUUGAUGGCUUUGGAGACCGAGUCAACGAGGGGUCGGUGCCUUGUUAACCCGCUGCUUGAAGUCCAUCUUAGUAUGUUUGAUGAGCAGAAAACACUUUUCAUUGUGGAUCUCAACCUGAAUGGUCCUAGGGAAACCACAAACCUUACCCCUGGUGUAAUUGUUUGCUUCUUGGAUCUGCAGGGACAACCUCGUUGAUAUAUCUGGGACGUGUCUCUGCACUUCUCCAUAUUCGAUCACACCAUUCUCCACUCUCUGAACCGCUCGAUAUGUGUGACGAUGGCCAAUUGCGAUCGGUCUGGCCAGCUCUUGCUCCCGAGGCCAUGGUUUUCCUGCCAAACACAGCCCAUUUACUGCUAAGGAGAAAAAGCGUGUCGUCUCUUCUUACUUCAACAAAACGCCUAUCGACGCUUAUCCUCUCCACGUGGUCCUGGCUCUAUUUUUGAUGAACCGGCCGCUCGCUGUCGACCGAGGUUCUUCUUCAGCGAGGCUACAAAGUCAUUUUUUUUCCCGUCGAAUAAAUCAAGAUUGGUCUUCCACUCUCUCGCGCCACGAGGCGCGAAAACUUGAUCGUGGGGAGCAACCUGGCCGCUUCUACU